UAUAAACUAAAAGAAAAUCAAUAUUAUUGCAUGAGAAGGCUUCUCUGAUCUGACUUCUUUAAUUAUUCCUCUUUGAGAUGCAUUGCAUUGUUGGAAACCAUAGAAUUACUAUAAAAAGUAGAAGCCAAACAAUUCAUAGUCAUAGGUACAUUUAGUACUGCUAAGCAAAUUUUCAUUUACUAGUCGAUUUUCUCAUUUCAAGAGAGAUGGAAAAGGAUGCCUCUAGCCUUGUUUCUGGGACAUGUGAUGGUGAAAAUGGUUGUUUUCAAGCUGGAUCCUCUGCCGAGAAGAAGCUUAGAUUGUUUGGGUUUGAGCUCAAUCCGAGUAAGAACAAUGAGAAGUACUUCCUGAAAGGUUCUGCUGAAGGUGAUGAAAGUGUAAAUUCAUCAAACACAGUUUCAUCUACCAGGAAGACUCCUACCAAGGAGAAAAACUCAACGGAAGAGACCGAUUACAAUAAAUUCGAAUGCCAAUAUUGCUUCAAGGAAUUCGCAAACUCACAGGCGCUUGGAGGUCAUCAAAAUGCUCACAAGAAAGAGAGAAUGAAGAAGAAAAGGUUGCAGCUUCAAGCAAAGAGAGCUAGCAUCAAUUGUUACCUUCAGCCUUUCCAAAACAGCCUUGGUUUCAGCUACCAAGGCUCCUUUCCAUGGUACUAUGAUUCUCCCUGUUACACUGCUCCUGAGUUCGCUCUUUAUGAACAAUCUCAAAUUAGUUUCAAACAACACGAACAAGAUGCCCAUCUUAAUGGCUCUCAGGCUUCAAAAUGGUAUGAUCUGCCAUCUCAAAUGAUCCCUUUCCAACAAGAUUCAUCCAUGUUCACGUUAACACAAGCUAACAGAUCGAGAGAAAACGGGCCUGUUAGUAUCAAGCCUUCCUCUUUGACUUCAUCAAAGCAAAGCUGUAAAUCCUUGGAUCUUUAAUUAGGCCUCAGCCUGCAAUCUACAAUACAGAGUUCCUCUGGAAGUGGUAUAUAGAGCAUAUACCUAAAUCAAAGUAAACAGUGCCAUGUCUUCUUCGAUGAUAUGAAUUGUUUCAACCUUUGAACAAAUCCCAAAAAAAAAAAAAAAA